AUGGAUCAUCCUCCCGACCCGCCUAUCAAAGACGACCUCAAGCCGGGCUUGCCAUAUGUUCCUGGCGCCGUGUUGAAAAUCCAACAAUGCAUGCCUCAUCCCCCGUUUGGAUUCAUGUAUCGCGAUAUGACUUCUCGCGUCGAGCGCAUGUUCCCCUGGAAGCAAUUCGAUACAGCCAGCCGCUUCUGUCUUCAAUAUCCGCCGCUCCAAGGCAAACCCAUCGCCAAUCCAGAAACGCGCACCAUAGUAAUCGACAGCCAGAUCAGGUGUGGCGAUGGCCGUGGCGCUCAAGUCGUCAAGUGUCAUUUCGAGGACGGCGAGACACCGCUUGUCGCCAAAAUCUACGAUCCACUAUACUACCUGUGGGACAUGGACGACAUUACCUACAAUGCAGACUUGGAAUUCACCAACGAAGCCGCGGCGUUUGUGACAUUGCAAGACAUGGACAAGGAGCACACUGUUGGCUACCCUCGGGUGCGAGAAGCUCUGAAAGGGUCAAUACCACGAUACUAUGGGAGCUAUACCUGGGAAAGCCAACUACUGGACGGUCAACGACGAGACGUGCGCUUGAUCUUGAUGGAGUACUUUGCUUUCCCCAGUAUGCGGUCCAUCAUCACAGAGGGUAGAGUUGAAAGCAUACCGGCCCAAGUUAGGAUGCAGCUGCUAGCGAGAGCCUUUGAGAUAUACGCCUGGCUCGGGUUCUACGGGGUCAACCAGCACGAUUUCGCGCCGCGCAACAUCAUGGUAGACCCAGACAAAGGUCGCGUCGUUCUCUUAGAUUUCAGCAUCGCAAAGAUCCGAGGUCUUUACAACUCCAAGUGGUCCGCUCCCCAGGGCAAACCUCCACCAACCAAUCCCAAGCAUCCACUUCACCUAUUCAAAGGUACAUGGGCAUUAAUGGAUGGGGAAGGCUGGGUACCCAAACAUUUAUAUUCCGCUCAGGCGCGAUAUGACUGGUUUCUUGCCCAAUGGCCCGACCUCACGAUGUUCCAGCCUCCUAACUGGUUUUGGUACAAUGUACAUGAGCCAAGUUUGCGAAAAGCAAUAGAGAGAGAGAAGGCAGAGGCAAAGAAAAGGGAAGACGAGGCAGAAAUGAAGGAGAAGAAACGGCCAGUUCAAAAGGCUAAAAGGAGAAGAAAGAAACGUAAUUGGUAGCUCUGUUUCUCAGAC